CCCCCCUACCCGUACACCACCACCGUCGACUACCUGCGCCUGGCCGGGGAGAUCAUCACCCUUCUCACCGGCAUCCUCUUCUUCUUCACAAACAUCAAGGAUCUGUUCAUGAAGAAGUGCCCAGGCGUGAACUCCUUCUUCAUCGACGGCUCCUUCCAGCUUCUCUACUUCAUCUACUCGGUGCUGGUGAUCGUCACGGCGGGGCUGUACCUGGGCGGCAUCGAGGCGUACCUGGCUGUCAUGGUCUUUGCGCUGGUCCUGGGCUGGAUGAACGCACUGUACUUCACCCGGGGGCUCAAGCUGACGGGGACCUACAGCAUCAUGAUCCAGAAGAUCCUUUUCAAAGACCUUUUCCGCUUCCUCCUGGUCUACUUGCUCUUCAUGAUUGGCUACGCGUCAGCCCUGGUGUCCCUCCUCAACCCGUGUCCCAGCAGCGAGUCCUGCGGCGAGGAGCAGUCCAACUGCACGGUGCCCACCUACCCCUCCUGCCGGGACAGCCAGACCUUCAGCACCUUCCUGCUCGACCUCUUCAAGCUCACCAUCGGCAUGGGCGACCUGGAGAUGCUCGAGAGCGCCAAGUACCCUGGCGUCUUCAUCAUCCUCCUCGUCACCUACAUCAUCCUCACCUUCGUGCUCCUCCUCAACAUGCUCAUUGCUCUCAUGGGUGAGACCGUGGGCCAAGUCUCCAAGGAGAGCAAACACAUCUGGAAGCUGCAGUGGGCCACCACCAUCCUGGACAUUGAACGCUCCUUCCCUGUGUUCCUGCGGAGAGCCUUCCGCUCAGGGGAGAUGGUCACCGUGGGGAAGGGCACCGACGGGACGCCCGACCGCCGCUGGUGCUUUCGGGUGGACGAGGUGAACUGGUCCCACUGGAACCAGAAUCUGGGCAUCAUCAGCGAGGACCCGGGCAAGAACGACACGUACCAGUACUACGGCUUCUCCCACACUGUGGGGCGGCUGCGGAGAG